AAAACCAUAUGUUCUUGAAGAUCGGAACUGUUGUUGCAAGCUAAAACCGUUGCAUAGAAGACUUUACACUUGGUCAAAGAGGUUGGUUCUGCAGAUUGUGCGACUAUGUCAAGGCUACCCUGCAAAACGAGCUUUUACAAAUACUAGACACUUGGAGGUAGAUGGUGUUAGUAAGGAAACUGAGAUAUGGGAACUUAAAAGUUCUUUAUGCUGUUCAAGGCAUGUUUUCUUGCAGUUAUCUUAAUGCUGUUAGAGUACACAGAUGCCAGAUUACAAGGUAUUCCUGUUGCGGCAUGGCAUUUCAUCAAUCAGUCUUUUCUUCCAUGUGUAACUUGCCUGGACAAGUUAACGCCUUGUAUGUUCUGCCUGGAAAUACCCAUCCAUGGAAAUCUUUUUCAACCAUGGCCAGCACAAUCCUCGUCCAAGCUAGGGAUCCAGCUAAGUUAAGUGAGGAGUUGCAAAAUGCGCUUGAUGAACAUAGGCUUGAUGAUGCUUGGAACUUGCACGAACAACACAUGAACAUGGAAGGAUUUCCCAGGAAAUCUAUUGUGAACAAGCUUCUUAUAACUUUUGCUCAAAGUUUAGAGCUUCAGUGGCUUGACAGGGCUUAUCAUCUAGUACAGAAGGCCAUUGAGGAGCACAAACAGAACUUGCUAGAGAAGGAAACUCUUAUAUAUCUAUCACUAUGUCUUGCAAGAUAUCCUUUACCUGUGAAUGCAGCAACUAUUUUGAGGAAGUUGGUUGAAACCGAACAGUAUCCUCCGGUGACUGCUUGGUCUGCUAUACUAGCUUACAUGUCGCAAACUGCUGCUGGUGCUUAUCUGGCUGCUGAACUGGUUAUUGAGAUUGGUUUUAUGUUCCAAGAUGGGAGGGUGGACCCCUGUAAAAAGAGUAAUCAACACCUGAUUGCUAUGAAGCCUAAUACAACAGCCUUAAACAUUGCACUGGCAGGAUGUCUUCUUUUUGGCACAAGUAGGAAAGCAGAGCAGAUUUUGGACAUGAUACCUCGAAUUGGUGUGAAAGCUGACAUUACCCUAUUGAUCAUGAUGGGCCAUAUCUAUGAAAGGAAUGGACGAAGAGAAGAGCUUAAAAAACUUAAGAGAUACAUUGAUGAAGCCCAUGAUUUAAGUGAUGUUCACUUUAGGGAGUUCUAUAAUUGUUUGCUUUCUUGCCAUUUGAAAUUUGGGGAUCUAGAAUCUGCAUCCCACAUGGUUCUGGAAAUGCUCGGGAAGGCAAGGAAAGCUCAAAAUGCUCUUGGUAUGGCUACUUUUAUGUUUCAAGUUGCAAAAAUUGACAAUAAAUCCGUUCCAUUUGGUCAAGUAGAGUCUCGUGAGAGUUUGACUCAUGAAAAAUCAGAUGAUGCAGAUAGCUCUAUGGCAAUUAGAAGCCAGACUUUGUCUUAUGAAGAUUUUUGUGGAGAACGGAAGUUCCUAAAACUUGAAGCAGAGGCUAAAGAACUACUUAGUACACUAGUAGAGAAGUUUCAGAGGCAAGGAAAACUGAUCACAACCGAACGUGGUAUCCUCCAACCAACGGAGACAAUCUUUGUGAAAUUGAUUAAGGCUUUCUUGGAAGCUAGCAAGAUAAAGGAGCUGGUUGGAUUUCUAGUCAAGGUAGAGAAAGAGGAUUCCCCAGUUUCUCCUGAUUGCUCGCCUUUGGUUCAAGUUGUCAAUUCAUGUAUUUCUCUUGGAUGGUUGGAUCAGGCACAUGAUCUUCUUGAUGAAAUGCGUCUGUGUGGUGUUAAAACAGGAUCUUCUGUUUAUUCAUCCCUUCUAAAAGCGUAUUGUAAAGAAAACAGGGCAGCAGAAGUCCAGUCACUCCUUAGAGAUGCAUGUAAGGCUGGGGUCCAGCUUGAUGCAAGCUGUUAUGAGGCACUGAUCCAGUCCCACGUGGUUGAUGAAGAUACUCAAGGGGCUCUGAAUUUAUUUAAAGAAAUGAAAGAAGCUAGACUAGAUAAGCCUGGUCAAAAGGAAUUUGAUUUGUUGGUUCAAGGAUGUGUGGGGAGUGGAGAAGCUAAACUGAUGGCGAAACUUUUGCAGGAAAUCAAGGAGGGACAGGGAGUUGAUUGUGGCGUCCAUGAUUGGAACAAUGUGAUCCACUUUUUUUCUAGGAAGAGGCUGAUGCAAGAUGCUGAGAAAGCUCUCAAGAAGAUGAGGAGUUUAGGACAUGCCCCAAAUGCUCAAACUUUUCAUUCUCUAGUAACUGGAUAUGCCGCUAUUGGAGGGAAGUAUACUGAGGUAACUGAACUCUGGGGUGAGAUGAAAGUUCUUGCCUUCUAUCAUGGAAUGAAGUUUGAUCAAGAAUUGUUGGAUUCUGUACUUUAUACUUUUGUAAGAGGUGGAUUUUUUAUUCGAGCUAACGAAGUUGUGGAGAUGAUGGAUAAAGGUAAAAUGUUUGUGGACAAGUACAAGUACCGUACCCUUUUCUUGAAGUACCAUAAAACAUUCUGCAAGGGGAAGGCUCCCAAAGUCCAAACAGAGUCACAGUUAAAUAGGAGGGAGGCUGCAAUGAGAUUUAAGAAAUGGGUUGGGUUAUUUUGAGGAAUAUUUAUCUCUAUCUGCUUAAGAUGGAUCAUCUAUUUUGAUAAAGAGCUACGGGUCAUCUUUUUUUAUAAAGAACUAUGGAUCAUCUGGACUUCACACAAUGGUGUUUCAGAACUCUAUGAUUCCCCCGAGCCACUAAAUUAUCUUAAUUAAGUAAUAAUGGAUGAGAUGAGUCUCAACCAGCUACGGCUAUUAUAGUUGAUCUUGGCUUUGUAUAUAACCCAGAGAGCUGAUAUUAUGUAGAUCAAACAAUAAAGAAGCAUACUAGCAGCCUCUGAACUACUCACAGGCCACGGGUAAUCGUUGCAAAAGAUGGUCUGUAUUCGGGGUCUUCAUCCCAUGCCAGUUGAGUCAGUUCAAUGAGAUCUUCAAUCUUGUCAUCAUGCUCUGGGAGUGCUGGUCUUAUCUUGCCCUCCCCAACUUGUAAUGCAAUCUUUUCAUCAUCAAACACAAAGGUUUGGACAAAAAAAGGAGCUUUCAGAAGGCCAGCAAUGGGCGGAGGUUGUUAUAAUGAAGGGUGGUUUAAUUUGUUUCUAGCAUCGACCUCUGCAUUGAUCCUAUGUGAGUUUCUCCGGAUUUCGUCUUAACGUCUAUUACAUUGAAACUAUCAUCUCUCGUCUAUUAUUUUAUAAUCUUUCGGUUUUAGUCGGAUCCGAUUGUAGCAAAACAUCUUUCAUAUAGUCUAACAAUAAACAACAACAAU